GUGAUUAUACACUGGUUCCAAAUAGAAAAUCGGUUUUCGACAGCACUUCGUGUGGGCAAUGUGUCCUCUGACAAAAUCUUGCACUGAGCAGCUUGCAGGUCAAGGUGAUAUCUGUUUGCAACGUCUGAAGCAUGUCCCUUUUUAAAAAGUAACAGGUCGCAUUUGUGAAAGCUGUGCUGUAUCUAGCACAACACCGAUGGGGCAAAGGUCCACCUGCAGGAUGUUUAAUCUAGUUUUUUUCCAAGCAUAACCGUCGUCAGGCGCCACGGAGUCACAGAACCCGGUACCAGUGCCACAGUCAUGACUAACUUUGACGACAUCCUGGAAGAGGCUGGCAAGUUCGGCAGAAGCCAAAAGCGCAUAUUUGGUCUGCUAUGCCUGGUAUCCAUGCCCUUUGCUGGGGUCUAUGUGGGAAUCGUGUUCCAGGGCUUCACGCCAGAGCACUGGUGCCAUGACCCGGGCAUGAGGCAGAUUAGCGAGCGCUGCGGCUGGACUCCGCUGGAAGCUCGCCAGUUUAGCGUGCCCUGGGUCAACGUCUCUGCCGGCGCUGGUCACAACCAGUGCGAGAUGUACGACACGGACUGGAACGACACCGUCUUUAUCUGUGAUGACACAGAAGACGGAUUUGGGAACGUCAGUGAUGGCUUUCCCAUCACAAGCUGCAAAUAUGGCUGGGAGUACGACUACGGGGGAAGGAAAUCCUUCGUAACUGAGUUUGACCUGGUUUGUGCCAACGCCUGGCUGGUGGACAUGUUCCAGGCUGCAGUCAAUGCUGGUUUCUUGUUUGGUAGCAUCGCCAUCGGAUAUUUGGCUGACAGAUUGGGCCGGAAAAUGAGCUUUCUGGUGUCCAAUGUUUUCAAUGGGGUCACAGGGAUUCUUAUGGCAAUUUCCCCAAAUUACGUAGCACUGCUUGUCUUCCGGUUGUUGCAUGGAUUAGGCGUCAAGGGCGGCUGGGUUGCCGGCUAUGUUCUGAUCACUGAGCUGGUGGGUGUGGAGUACAGAAGAACAGUGGGUAUCAUAUACCAGAUGUUCUUCAGCAUCGGGCUUCUGAUUAUGCCCCUGAUCGCCUACCUCAUCACCGACUGGCGCUGGCUACAAGUGGCCUUUUCUGCACCAUACCUCAUCUUCCUGGCCUAUUACUGGUUUAUUCCUGAAUCACCAAGAUGGCUUCUCUCUCAAAAGAACUCGAGACAGGCUGUUAAAAUUACCAAGCAGUUAGCGAAAGAGAACAGGAGAAUCCUUUCCAACAAUAUAGAGACUCUGAAAGAUGACAGCGUUGAGGCGGCGACAGCGUCCUUCGCUGAUCUGAUCAGAACUCCAAAAAUGCGAAAGCAUACCUUCAUUCUUAUGUUCAACUGGUUCACCAGUGCCGUGGUCUACCAAGGACUUGUCAUGCGCUUGGGUAUUCAAGGUGGGAACGUUUAUGUGGAUUUCCUGAUCUCUGGAGUAGUAGAAUUCCCUGCCGCCCUCCUUAUUCUCUUCACAAUCGACCGCGUGGGGCGACGCCUUCCCUUCGCAAUAGCUAACGUCGCAUCUGGGCUAGCUUGUUUUAUUGUCGCUCUCACACCAGAAGGAUUGUUCUGGUUCAAAACAGCAGUGGCGUGUGUGGGCCGACUGGGCAUCACCAUGACCUUCGAGUUGGUGGCAUUUGUGAACACUGAGUUAUAUCCCACUUUCAUCCGGAACCUGGGCGUCUCCGUGUGCUCAGCACUGUCCGACGUCGGGGGAAUCGUGGCGCCGUUCCUGCUCUACAGGCUGGCUGGCAUCUGGUUUGAGUUACCACUUGUCAUUUUUGGUGUGCUUGCGUUCAUUGCUGGGAUUCUGGUUCUGAUGUUACCUGAAACCAGAGGAGUCCCUCUACCGCAAACGAUUGAUGACAUCGAGUUCCCGGACAGGGAUAAAAAAAGCAGCCUGACUGAGCGGCAGGUGAUGAACGUCUUAGACCCUGAAGGUGCAGCCAGCAAAGUUACCGUUUGAUUUAUUAGCACCAUAAAGAACGCCACAGUGUGCUGUCCCAGCUGCACCUCCGAAAACAAACAGAAUGGCCCUGUCCUCAGAAAAUCAUAGGAACUGAGCUUCUGAAUUUGGGCACGGUGAAGGCUAGCUGCCUGCGCAAGAAGGUUCCCAACAUCAGCAAGGACCGGAUCCACCCAGGACACCAUCUGUUUGUCUUCUUGCCAUCAUGGAAGAGAUAUGGAGCUAUCAAGACCUACAUUAGCAUACUGAAGAACAGCUUUUCCCCCAGAUGAGAGCUUCCAUCUCCUCACCAUUGUAACUGUAAAGUCCAUAUCCAUUCCUGUUACCUUCUCCCAUUCAUACCCCAUAACCUGCUAAUGCACUCCAACAUGUUUAUGCAGUCGUACCACAUACAGUAAUAUAUGAACAGUGUUGGUAAUAACACAUUCCCUAUCAUUUCACUACUGUAAUGAGUAAUUCAAAUUAAAUAAAGCAAUAUUAACGGACAAA